AUGCUGGGUUCGGUAAAGAUGGAGGGACACGAAGCUCCGGACUGGAGCGGAUACUACAGCGAGGAGGUGUACUCUCCGAUGGCAGGCAGCGGGAUGGGUUCUGGUCUCGGGAUGGCCUCCAUGUCAGGCUACAUGUCCGGCGGCGGGACCACAUCGGGCUCCUUCAACAUGUCCUAUAACGGUACCGGUCUGAGUCCUUCGUCAGUGGGCGGGGUGGGGGGCUCGGGUCCGGCAGCCAUGUCAGGUUUGGGUGGGGGCGUGGCCUCCAUGGGCGGGGCUCUGAGUCCCUCAGGUGUGGGCUCGGUGUCGGCUCAGCAGCCCAUGGGCCUGAACCCGUACGGAGGCAUGAGUCCCACCAUGAGCUCCAGCAUGGCGUUCGGGGGCGGGGGACUGAACCGGGCCCGGGACAAUAAGACCUUCAGACGGAGCUACCCGCACGCCAAACCCCCCUACUCCUACAUCUCCCUCAUCACCAUGGCGAUCCAGCAGGCGCCCAGCAAGAUGCUGACCCUGAGCGAGAUCUACCAGUGGAUUAUGGACCUGUUCCCGUACUACAGGCAGAACCAGCAGCGCUGGCAGAACUCGAUCCGGCACUCGCUGUCCUUCAACGACUGUUUCGUCAAGGUUUCCCGCUCGCCGGACAAACCAGGGAAGGGGUCCUACUGGACCCUGCACCCGGACUCUGGGAACAUGUUCGAGAACGGCUGCUACCUGCGGCGCCAGAAAAGGUUCAAGUGCGAGAAGAAAAUAUCUGGGAAACCGGACAGGAAGGAGCCGAUGGGGUCCGGGGGGGCACCGGGAAGGUCUCACCCGGACGUUUCCACCAAGCCUGCUGGACUUCUGGACUCAUCUGUACCCUCCUCCAGCCAGGUGGCCUCCCCUGCAGGUCUGGACCUUUCAGAGGGUGUUGGAGACCUGAAGGUGUCCAGUUCUCAGCUGUUGUCUUCACUGUCCUUGCCCCCUCACUCCAUGGCCCAUGAGACCCCCUUGCACAUCAAAGGAGACCCCCACUACUCGUUCAACCACCCGUUCUCCAUCAACAACCUGAUGUCGUCCUCGGAGCAGCAGCACAAACUGGACCUCAAGGCCUAUGAGGCCCUGCAGUACUCCUCCUACAAUGGUGGGGGGGUCUCUGGUCUUGGAGGGCGGACCAUGGAGCCCCUGGAGGCUUCGUACUACCAGGGGAUGUACCCCAGACCCCUCCUGAACAGCUCGUCAUAG